UACACACACUCGCACACAGAGCAGUGCAGAGGAGCUCUCAUCCAGAUCGGUGCCAGACGCACGGUCGACGUUUUGUUUUUGCGUGAGUUUUACUACGUUUUCGUUUGAUUGUUUAAAUUAAAAACAGUUAAUACUUUACUUUUGUGUCAAGUUCGAAGUUGUUUCCAUUUUGUCUGUGACUUUUCGCGUCUCUUUGGAAUAUCUUUCGGGAAUAAAGGUGGAUACUUCACGACGCACAGAAGUCAUCUUGAAAAAGUUCGAGCAGGAUUGUUUCUUUCCGACGCAGGAGCGCACAGCAGCUCGGAGCGCUUCAAGAAAAAAAGAAAAAACGUCAGUCAGUGCGACUUAGUCUGGGGUGUUUUUUGAAUUGAGCCGUCCCAGAAAUGGUGGGGCACCUACACUUACAAGCGAUGGAUGAUAGCCUGAAAGGAAAGAACCGGGAAGGGCUGCUCGACAGUCCGGAUUCGGGAUUGCCCCCUAGUCCCAGUCCGCCUUUCUGCUCACUGUCUCCGGGUCUGAUCGAGUCGCGCUCCAGCAGCUGCACGACGCCCGUCGAAAGCCAUCAUGGAUAUUAUAGAAAGGAAAGCAGAGAAGGCAAACUGCUGCCCUACCUGCUGCUGAACUCCACGGGAACAGACCCAAAGACUCGCAUGUACCCCGUGUUCUUCGGAGAAAGCAUCGAGGUCAACCCCAAACCAGAGCAGGAAAUCAAGUGCAACUCCGAGGUUAAGUAUGACUCUGACAAGCAUUACCAGGACCGGGUUUACUGUGCUCCUGUUCCCACAGCCACCUCCUUCAGUGAGACAGUGGUGGCAGUGCGGAACUGCACUUGGAGGAGCUACAAGUCCCAGGUGUACCUGGAGCCACGGCAGAGGCCCAUCAGCUACCAGAGUACCACUAUCAUCUACCCGAAACACGCCAAGAACACUUACCGCACCACGCUCAACUACAACGCCACAGGCUCCCGUCGCUGGUUUGUCUCCACUGUGCAGCUGGAAUCAAGUGAGGACACUAGUCCCUGCAUCAUCUACACAGAGGACUUGUAGAGCCCAGACCAGGCCAACCCAGUCUGAGAGAGGGCUACCUGGUGAUCGUCUUGUGUUUUUUGUUUGUUUUUUUUUCGGAGGACGAGGAGCUAAAGAAGGUCCAUAUUGAAAGGGAAAUACUUCAAGUAAUACCUGGAGCCCCUAAAAACCCUGCUCUGUUCAUCUUUUCUCGCCAUGGAGGAAACUCUGGGAAACCUUUAGUGACAUUUCACCUGACUGUAUUUAGACUUUCUGCUGAUGCAGUCUUUAAAAAGAGAGUUGGUCCUCUGGCAGUUUAAAGCUGCAUUUCAAUGGUUAAUGUCUUAUUUAAUACAAGAGCUGACAAAUGGCCUUUGCUGUCCUUUAGGUUGGAUUGUAACCUCAGUGAAGGUAACGAUCAGAUCGUAGAUGUCCGUGUAUGUAGAGGAAAGUCAAGAUGACGUGUCAUAGGAGACUGUGCAAACCAAGUCACUCCAAUGCAAAGCUCUUUAAUGUGGCUUUAUUGCACUUGUUUUCUAUAUCACAGUCCUCUCAGUGGAUUUGGCGUUGCAGGAGGAGAAUUUCAGUACUGCAUUUGAAAAAUUGGACCAAAGACAGUUUAUCUCUUUGUAAUAACUCCACGCAAUGAGACAGAACACUUGCUUUUGUUUCACAGUUUUAAUUAACACACAUGCAAACAACCGCUUGUCUAGUUUCAUCACGCACUCAGCUAAACUAAACUGCAUAUUGCAAGGUGUUCUGUUUACUCACAUGAACCAGAGGUCUGUAGAGUUAACAUUGAAGUCUGAUCAAAGGAAGGAUCACAGCAUGAUAACAGGAGACUGGCUGGAGAAUAUUUAAAAGGAGAUAUUUAAAGCCUCCAAAAACCUGGUUUAAAAUCUCUAUUUAACUUAAUUUGGAUACUUUGGUUAAGAUAAUGUUGGAGUUGAAUGUGUUUUGGUAAAAAGGUUCUUGUUUGGUCUCUAGGAGAUGCUGAAGGGCUGCAGAGCAAUAAUCAAUGUUAACGUUUCGGGGGAAAAGACAUCUUCAUGCUAGCAGUUUUAUUUAUUUUAGAGUUUAAUGCUUAUGAACUCAGUGGACCUGCUUCAUCCGGACUAUGUGAGUGUAGGACCACAUCAUCUAUAGCUGCAAGAUGAUUGAUAACAUACAUGGCCUUUGAGAAUGGUGGCAAUCAUCAUAUGGUUUAAUUUUUCAGUCAGCGUCAGUUUGUUUUUAACCUGCUUUGGUGCCCAAUGGUGGAACUUGUCACAUAAUAAAGUGCCGAAACAUUAGACAAUAUUAGACAAUCAGAGGGAAGUGACACUUCUCUGUCACAGCUCUUGGUACGGAACAAACUGUACUGAUGCAUUGGCAUUCACCCACCUACUUCUCCAACAGAGUCCAAGUGAAACACAAAAACAAGAACUAUUGCCAACUACAAUUUCUCUGGAUGGUUUCUAGCGCUACAAGCAAUCAACAUAUCACUGUUUGAGCUGCCUCUCAAAAUAAGACUAACACUGCUCGACUUGCACCAGCUAUUCAUAAAUGCACUUAGUUUGUAGAUGAAGUAACUUAGUCAUUAACUUCAACCUAACGAUUUAAUAAAUCAAAUUGCACCAUUGAAACUUAAGGAAUGUCUUAGCAAGUAAAGUAACUGUAGCAUCACAACUUAUAAUAUAACUUUCAAAAUUAGUUUUUUAGUUUAGUCUUAGGAGAACCAGUAAAAUGUUAAACUUACCUACUAAUCUUAUGUGAAUGUAGGUAAUACUUUUUUGUUUAUAUGUGCAUACAUGGAGACGUGUUUUUCGAUUAUAACAAUCAUGCAGAAUCCGAUUAAUCUAACCUAGGUAACAGGAUUUUGCCUGACAUUUUCAGCAUAACAUUUAGUAAUUUGAGGCAUGUUGAGUUAAUCAUAAAUUAAAUUUGAUUUAAAAAUUCAAUUAAAAUCUUUCAGGGUCAGGUGAGAUGUUUCAACCAUAUUACAUAUCACCUGUUUUACUCUUCAGUAUAAAUGGGCCAAAUAUUGGCAAGCUGAUUUUAGCUUUGUCAGUUGGUUCAGUUAGCUAUGUAACAGUUACAUCUGCCAGUUAGUGGGCACACAUUUUUUAUAACAACCAGUCUCUACAUUAAAAAAAAAACUAGUUUGUUUGAUGCUGUCCCUUUUAAUAUAGUGAUAAUAUAGAAAUCUCCACUAAGUCACUAGGAUUGAAUUUAUGAAUAUCUGGUGCAGCACGUGCAGAGUGUUUCAAAUUGUUUUCAGAUUUUAACUUAAUUGUUGUAUUGGGCAGUUUCUGAUCCACAGUGGCUGAAACUUCUGCUAUUACCAACAUGUAAAAAGUCGAGCAGUGAAACCAUGUUAGAUUUCUCUGUUGAAGAUGUAAGAUAGAUUUUUAUUGAGCGUUUUCAUGACUUCUUUAUAUGUCUGUCUUAUAUAUAUAUAUAUAUAUUUAGAUUACUGAACAUGGCAAAUAUUGAAACUUCAUACUUUACCUCAAAUUUUCUUAGGUAUCAGUUUUAAUUCAUUGCAAGUGUGUAUUCCCAGUUUUCAGUUGAGGUCUUGAGCUUGUGAUCUUGUUUUAUUUUGUAGUUUGAAAUACCCUCCAGGUAUGUGUAGAGUAUAAGGACACGGAGGGCCUGAAGCUGAGGUGGUGCAUCAGUACUGUAAGAUAUGUACUGGGUUUUAAUGAGGGAACAGUAAGUAGAAGCACAAAGAGCAAGACAAAAGGAGAAAAGUCAGAUCUGCUCUUUCAAAAGAAAAAAUAUAGAUGAGGUGAGGAAAUUAUACAGAACAGUAGAGUUCUUGGCAAGAUGUUGGAGAUAUUUGCUAUGUGUUGAUGGUCUGUGAAAUGUCAGAGAAUGAUGAGAGAAAGUUGGUGGGUGUCAAGUUAAACACGUUGGUGGUUGAGAUAUUUUUGUGUUUCCUAACACUUGAUUUUGUUACUGUAAAAUAUUUUCCUGUUGUAUAUGUGGCAUCGAGGCACUUCAUAAUUCUCUUUAUAUUUUUGUACGUCAAUCAUUGUUCCUGCUCUGAUCAAGGAAAAUAAUUUAAAAAGAUGUAUAUCCUAAAUGAAUAAAAAAAAAAAAAAAAAAAAGAAAUUCCCAAACCCUAAUACUGUUGUUUCAUGUGCAUUUGUUGUUUAACUGUGAUCAUGGGACGUUUUAUUUCCCUGCUCACCACAGGUUCAAUUUUGUCCCUCUGAAACAAAGAGAGGGACGGGUCACUCACAAAAAUCAUUUUAUUGCUAUUAUAUAAUGAAGGCAUGAACAUUAAGCAGAAUUUAAGAACAAAAAAAAACAGUAAUUAUAUCAGUCUGGUAUCUGAUAUAAUCUAGUAGAAAUACAGAUUUGUAGAAAAGAUUUUUUUCAUUUUUACAACUUGACAACUUGCCUGACCACAGUGACAAUUAGUAGGGCCUCGCUUGAUAGAGGUGUUUUGGUUUCCAUGAUGAAAUCCCGGUGCGGAAGUUGGAAUUUCUGAAACAACAGGCAAAGGUGUGAAAAUCAGUGAUUGUAUGAUGCAUAAUGCUUAAGUUAUAAAAGCUUCAAGUUGAUAUAUUUGCAUGAAAUAUUCUUUUAAAAAUUUUCAGUGUGGUAAAUGAAAUUGCAGGAUUGAAU